AUCACCGGUUCGAGCCGAACAAGUGACAAAAAACCGUAGGAUCACGAUUGAAGAUCAAUCACGUCAGGUGAAAUUUGGAAUCACGAAUAAAGACACUACCGGUGAAAUUCCGGUUGCCAUGAUAUUACCGUCCGAAAUUAAAACCGUCGCGGGUGAAAUUAUGGUUGUAAAAUAUCUAGGAAUUGUCACACCAAAUAAAGAUCUCAAUAAAACA